AUGGCCGAGUGGAAGGAAGUUAGCGCCAACCGCUCCUUCAAAGGAACCCAAUAUACCUACUCGUUCAAAAGGUUAGAGAGGGUGUUUUAAAAGUUUUGCUUGUUACUUCUUAGAAGCUGAAGUCGUAUUUUUCAGUAGCGAGCUGAAAACUGUAACCCCGAUCGGAGUUUAUGUUCCCGAUGUGGAAUCCGGCGAGAAAUUGCCCGUUCUCUUCUGGUUAUCAGGUCAGUAAUGGAUUUGGCGCGUUUUCCGUUUGUUUUUGGCGGGAAUCAUGUGAUUUCUGUUUUUUUAGUAUCAGUUAUAUUCACCAUGGAUAAGAUAGAUUAAUAUUCUUGUAUUUGGUACCUAUACUUGGCCGAGGUUAUUUCUUUUUCUUCCAGGUCUCACAUGCACCGAAAAGAACUUUGUGGAGAAAGCGGGAGCCCAGAGAUUGGCCUCCAAACAUCGAGUGAUUGUUGUGAACCCGGAUACUUCUCCCAGAGGUUUAAACAUCGAAGGAGACAAGGAUAGUUACGACUUUGGAGAAGGAGCUGGAUUCUAUCUGGAUGCGACGGAACAGAAAUGGGCUCAGAACUACCGGAUGUACAGCUAUAUCGUCAAGGAGUUGGUCCCGCUGAUUUCAGAGAAGUUCCCGGUAGAUGAAAAGAAACGUUCUAUCUUUGGACACAGCAUGGGAGGACAUGGUAUGGUCUUAUAGUUUGAUUUUCUGUUGAUUUAGGUAAUUCCUAGCCGAAAAGGAGGAUUAUUUUUUGAGGAUCUGGUGUCAAGAGUAAUAUCAAAAAAGGCCAAAAAUUCCUACCUUUUGAUCUGAAAUUCUAUAAGCGGUAUCUCAAAGACAUAAUAUCGGCUUGACACUCCUUUCUAUAUGUAAUUGCAGGUGCUAUUACCAUUGGCUUGAAGAAUCCGGACCUUUUUACCUCGAUAUCUGGAUUUGCUCCAAUCUGCAAUCCGACUGCCUGCCCUUGGGGCCAAAAAGCCUUCAAAGGAUACCUUGGCGAUGAUAGCUCCAAAUACACCCAAUAUGACUCUACAGAACUGGCAAGGACGUAUAAUGGGCCACCAAAAUCAAUCCUCAUCGAUCAAGGAACGGCCGACAACUUUUACAAACAAGGCCAACUCUUGCCAGAGAAUCUGACAGCCGUCAGCAACGACAAAUUGACCAUUGAUUUCAAGAAGAGAGAGGGAUACGACCAUUCCUACUUUUACAUCGCUUCGUUCAUCGAGGAGCACUUUGAAUUCCACAAGUCCAAGUGGAAUUAG